UUCAGUUUUAUGUUUUAAUAAUUCAUUUCAGGGACUAUUGAUUGUGUGGAAGAUGUGUCGCUCAGGAUGUUUAUUGCUUUUCACAGCCUGCACUUUCCUCGGGUUUGUCAUCGGCGAGCCCACAGUCUUGAAGACCCUCAUCACCCGCCGGACCGAGUUCAACUCCAAAUCCAGCGAGUCUGAGAAAACCCGAGACGUUCCCGUGGAGAAAAUCCACUCUUUCAAAACUGAAGCAACUGAUAAGAAGGAGGAAAUAAGGGUCAGAACCGGGUUCGGGUCAAACCUUUAUCAGUCCCGAAGCAAGAGUAGAACCGGUCUCACCACAGCGCCCCCAGAUCUUAACUCUUAUCUCAACCUCCUCAGCGGUUUAUACCGCACGUCCCAGCCGGUACUGCUGGACGGCUUCCCUCAAGCUCUGGUUUGUCUGUUAGCCAAUGGAACACAGUGUGGGUGGCAAGCAGAUCUAACCGCAACUCUGCUUUCUAAGUUGAGCGUACCGCUGAUGUCCUUCCUGUCAUCCAUUAAAUCUCAGACAUGUCCGUUGAACGGCUUUCAGAGGAGUGGAGAUCCGGCUGGGGCUCCGCUCACCGCCCUUCACGAGUUGCUGAAUGCCACCUUGUCUCUACGGCUUUCCGAGAACUUUUGGACCGAGUGGAACGGUUUUAUUGACUCGUACUUGUCUCCGUUGAUGUCGGACAUCUCCUGUUUCAUGGUGGACUUUCUUCAGUCUUUAGUGGAACUGGUAACAGUCGUGUUGCAGUUAGGCAUCGAGGCACCUACGCUGAACCAGAGCCAGAAUUGUCCUCAGGGAGACCUAAAACAACUUCUACUAUGGGGCAUUAGCCAGAAUUUGAGCUGGUCCUUCGGAGAUUCAAUCCUGAACAUGUUCUUGACUCUCGGCGUUCCUCCAUGUAGCUAUACAGACGCGGCAUGUCAAAGCGCGUAUGAUAUCCACAGCGGUCGCUCCGUCGCGUCUCCGGUGGACGACCCUACAACACGACUGACCUGCGACGAGCGGGAUGUUACGCACCUCAAUAACACCCUCUGUGCAGAGAUUAUAGCCAGUAGAUCUCAGGUUCCUGAUGCUCUAUAUUAUCUUUGUGAAUAUCUGAGUACCUUAUCGCUCUCUGAAUUAACUCUGGUAUGGAGAAACACUUGCCACAUGGUGGAGCUUGUCCUAUCACCCCUUCUGGAACCCUGCCCACCCUUACCCUCGGAAUCGAGCCAGAGAGUCGCACGAGCGACCCUUAGCCUCAGCCAGCUUUUCUGCAACUACGCGAACUGGACGUCGGAGGCCGCCAUCGACCCGGGUCUGGUCACUAUGUGUAGCGACAACGACCCUGAAGCUUUUCUCGAGGGCGUGUGCAGUAACGUUCCCGUGAUGCAAGUUCUCGUCGAGAACCCUAACAACAGCUGGGUUUGGGAGUACUGCACGAACGUGUCCGAAAGAUACAUGAUCCGGCAAUUUUGCAUGUACGAGCUAUGGACUCCUCAAAUGCUUGACCCUUCUGUUGUGGCACUGUGCUGGAAUAAUGAUCAAGCGAAAAUGGAGAAGCUCCUCUGUCAGAGUAUGGAUUUUUACAUCAUGAUUUUAUCCAACAUCGAAAAUAUCUGGAUAACGCCCAACUGUACCGAGGUACCUACAUCUCCGCCGAACGACACCGCCACUCUCGUAUCAGAAAUGUGCCGGUACUCGGAGUGGCGCAACUUCAUAACAGUCUCCGCAGAUCAGAUAUCCCUGUGCAUACAAUACGAUGAGCCUCGAUUUGUUCGAGAGGUCUGUGCUAACACCUCAUUCCUCGCUGCGCUAGUCCUCAACAAGGACCAUUAUUGGGUGCAACUGUAUUGCACGCUCCUUUUUAAAGGUUCUCCAACGGUCCCAUCUGUAGUCUCGAGCACCACCGUAUCGCCAACGACUCCGCAGAUCUCCGUCACUUCAUCACCAGUCUCUCCAAAAACGACCUCAACAGUGGCCACUCUUUCUAUCACAGCACUUUCUCCAUCUCUUGUCCUAACAACCCCACCAACAAUCGCCACUCUUUCUCCCAUAACCCCUCUGGCCUUCACAUCAGCAGUCUCUUCCAGUGUUAAUCCCUCGCCAUCAACAAUUCCACCGGUGUCCUCCAGCACUGCUUCACCUUCCUCAUCGACGGUCUCCCUAACCGUCUCCACCUUCACUCUUCUUCCUAUAAUCAGCUCAACUCUCUCUGCUAGUGCUCCCUCGACCAUCUCACCAACAGUUUCCCCUACAGCCUCGCUAACUACAACCCCACCAACUGUCCACCCUACUAUUCCCGGCAUGUCUGAUUUGUGUAAAUAUUCCGCCUGGGCCGCUUUACCAGUGCAUCCAUCGGUGAUUGGUCUAUGUUGGAAAUUUGACAUGGCGGCAUUCCAUCUUAACGUAUGCUGUAACACGACAUUGUUAUCCCGUCUAACUCUCGACCCUCAGAACCAGUGGUUGAAGUCUGUGUGUUCUGUUAACGACACGUCAGACUUGCUUCCCAGGGUUUGCCUGUACUCGGAAUGGAACAAGCCGGUCAUUGUAGACAUGACCGACCUUGCUCUUUGCGCUGAUCUCGACACGGCAAACUUCGUCCGCAACGUAUGCGCCAACACCACUGUUCUACAGAACCUCCUAGCCAAUUUGGACAACACCUGGUUGCUGGAGCAGUGCUCCAAUCUCACCGGGUCUGGCACCGAGAAUCUGAUGGGCUUCAAGCCCUCCGAGCAAUGUCUGUACGCAAACUGGACGGUGACUCUUCCCGGUGCAGCUCUUCUGGUACUCUGCUGGGAUUAUGACCAAGCGAACUUCAUCUCGUCAAUCUGCGUCAAACCUUCUGUGCUGUCUCAUAUCGUUCGAGAUCCUUCCAAUGUCUGGGUGAGCGCUUUGUGUGCCACCUUCUCAAACUACACCAGGGUCAACCAGUCCAAAAACACCACCAACAGCAGCAGCUCGAGUAAUACGAAUACCACCGAGAUCCACCCUUGCCUGGUGAAAGAGUUGAUCGUCAGACUGAACUGGUCAUGCAGUAUAGACUUGAAUGCCGUUUGCCAGACAGAUAUCCCUCAGCUUCAGGUGUUCCAGGCGUUCCUGCGCUGCGGUGUGGAGGUUCUCCUGCCCCGUAUGGAGACAGUGAUGACUUCAGAGGUCUCUACAAUGGUCAGACAAGCAACAAGUUUGUGGGUAAUUCUGCUGCUUGUUCUGGAAGAAAACGGAAUGACGACACCGAGGGUGACCGAUAACAUCGGGCAGAGCAUCCUGGACUCCGUGUCUGCCUUCCUGGAGAAGGAAACGAGCUUCGGCAAGAAGCAAGUGGUCCUGCAGUGCUUUGCGAAAGUCCUCACCAGCCUGAUGCAAACAGGAAGAGAUGUCUCCAGUGAUGCCUCUUUUUUCAUCAAGCAUUAUUUCCAGAUCCCUCUGGCGAGUCUGAGGGCAGUGCUGAGUUCAGUGGACACGAAUACCAUGAGACUGAUUUUGCUUUACUACAACCAGAACCAGAAGAACCUUCAGGUGACUCAGGAAUAUUUGCGCACCUUGGUGUCCGUCCCGAUGCAGCUCCACCUGAGACGAGACGAGACCCUGUUUUUGGACCUUGGCCCCCUCCUGAGCCUCAUGAAACCGGAGCACAUCGGCUCUCUCCCUCCGCUACAAACCAAUAGCGUUGUAUUAAACCUGAUGAACAGCACCAUCAGCAGUCUGUCACCGGAGCAGCGUCAGGCUUUCGGCUCGUGGUUCAGUCAGACUCUCAGCGUGGCGAACAUGACCGCAGGCGGCCCGUCCUUCGUAACAGACAGCGGUCACCUGAUCGCGUACCUGCCGUUCCGCAGCUUCCAGAACCUCUCACCUGCUCAGGUCUUGAACGGUCUGGAUGUUCUUCUGAGGAACGAUCUGGGAGCUGUGAAGAGGCAGUUCGUCGCUCAGAGUGUCAUCGGCGUGUACAAGGACCUCACAGCGGAUCAGUUCAGAAGGUUAGCCACCCUGACAUGCCAAGCUAACGUGAGUGACCUGCUGGCGUACAUGGACACCGGCGUGUUCCCGGUGAUCCAGGAGAACGUCAGGACGUGCGUAACACGGCGCAUGAGCGUUCCCAGCGACAUGAUUUCCAGCGUGCUGUUUUUAAACGGGUCCGAGCUCCAGUCUCCUGGCGCUCUCAGUCCUCAGAAGAUCUCUCACCUCGCACCGCUCCUGCCUCUGCUCGGGUUGGACUUUCUGCAGCAGCUCAGCCAAUCGCAGCUCGUUCCUGUCUUCAGUGCCCUCACCUCUGUUCCCUUCACACCUACGCAGGCUGCUGUGAUCAUAGACAAGAUCUCAUCCAGCUUUAAUUUGUUUGAUGCAGGAACUUUACCUAAGUUAGGCUCCCUGCUGAGUGGAUUGAGAGCAGAGUCUCUCUCCACGCUGUCCUCGAGUGUCCUGCUUUCCGCUCUCUCCAACUUCAGACAGUACACACCUCAACUGACUCCUCCACAGGUCAACGCCAUUACAACACGACUCUGGGCUGCUCCAGGAGUGGUCACAUGGUUAGAUGAGGCGGAACCUCUGCUCUCUGGCACCUCCCUUCUGUGUGUGAUGCCUCAAACUCGCCUUCUUCUGACAAACAGCACCGCUCCUUACACACACACCUGGAACACACAACAGGCUAAAACUCUGUUUAAUGAGGUCAUGAGCAGCGCAUCGAGUCUCUCAGCGCAGCGCUUCAUGUCUUUGGGAACAGUCGUGCAGGGAGUGAGCUGUAAUGUUUUCUCGAAGCUUUUCCAGAAUUCUAUAUCCGUGUCCUCCAUGCGCGACCUUCUGCGGGUCGUGAGAGAGCAGCCGGUGCCUCUUCACCCGUCUCUGAAAAGGUGUUUGUUUGAAGAAACGUACAAGUCCAAGUUCUUCUCGGAGCUGCUCGGCGACAUGGGCGCUCAGAUCGCUCUGUCUAUCCCGAUUAGUUCUAUUAAGAAGUUCUCCCCGGCAAUGAUGGACACUCUGAGGGAAAUGAUCGUUCUGGAUCCUCAGUACUUCCUGCUUAUGCCCAGGAUCAAGCAGGCCAUGCUGGUGGACAAGAUGGUGCAGAGCCUGGGCCUGAACACGGGAACGUAUACCGAGGUGGAGUUCCGUUCGUUGGGAAUUAUGGCGACGUUUGUGGUGGACGCAGUCUUCGUGCGGCUGGACAGGAGGUUCUUCGUGGACAGCAUCGAGUCUCUACGCGGUCUCUGCUAUAACACUGGUAAACGAGAUGUGGUGGCGUCGAUGCUGCAGGAAACGGACACAUUCGGCCCAGUCCAAAGCUGGAACACAUCAACCCUGAUUCAAGUAGACCGGUUCCUCUUCUUCCUGCCACGAGAGAUCAUCCUGCUCAUUCCUCCGGCUCUGAUGAGUCUGGAGCGUAUCGAGAGGCUGUUUAGCAGCCAGCAGCAGUGGGAAAGCGGAGGCGUCGGCUCUCUGUGCGAACACCACGACGACCACGACGCGCUCUUAACCAAGAAGCAGUUUGUGCUUCAGUACUUCUCAGGCUUGCUGAAGCCAGGACGCUCGUCGCUGUCCGCCUCCAGCACACCUCCAUCCUGUGUGAGCGUGCAGGUGACCGGCCCAGCUGCCUGGCCCGUAAUCACCCUCGUGAACAUGUCCUCGUCGGCUUUCCGCCAGUGCCUCGAGCUCAUCGGCCGGGAUCCGUCCUUCACCUCCGACCAGCUCUCGCUGCUGCUCCGCAGAACCAAAGAGGUGUUCGGAGUCGUUUCGUCCUUCGCGCCGUCCGUCAUCGCUCAGCUGGGCCGCAUCGCUACGCAGCUUUCACCGGACGAACUGGCGUCACUCGAACUGUCUGAAAUUCUCUCCAUCGCACCUUUAGGAGCUGUUAGCACCUGGACCAGAAAGCAGUUAGGAGUUUUGUUCUCCACCGUCCUGACCUUCACCAAACAAACCCCGAGCCAGCUGAAUUCCAGCUCUUUAGUGGCUCUGGGACACAUCGUUUGUGGGAUCGAAGCUCCUCUCAUCAACACUCUCAGUCCUGUAGAGUUCGGUAAGGCCGUGCUGUGGUUGGGUCGUCUGAACGUGUCGUGUUCGGAGGAUCAGCUUCAGGCCGUCAUCUCUCUGCUCACCAACAGUCUGGUGUUUGGACCCGUCAGCUCCUGGGGUCCGGAGGUUUUUCUCGAGAUCGGCGCGUUCGCUGCUGGAAUUCCUGACAUGUCCAUGUCCGCCCUGGUGAAGGAGCAGAUAGAAGGAAUCACUCCGCUCGCUAUCUCUCUCGUUACAGCCAAGAAGUUUGCAGUGGUGUUUGAUCAGGUGCAGAUCAGCGCGUUCUCUUACGAGCAGGCCGUAGCAGUGACGGCAGCCCAGCGUUCAGCUCUCAGCCCCGUACAGCAGACCGCUCUGUCCAUGGUGCUCAACCCGCUCGAGGACAAACCCGUGGAUUUCAGAGGCAGGUCACUAGGAGUAACGGCUGAAGUCUGUCCUUUCUGCCGUGUCUGCAGUCUGCUGCUGUUCCUCCUGACGCUGAUGUAAAAACAAAAAAAGAUUCUCUGUGAAGCCUGUGCAAUAUUCUGUAUAUGAUUUCAUAACAGCACUUUAAUUUUUACCACUAUAAUAUAUUCUUUUAAUCUAAAAACCUUGCAUCAUAGGUUAGGUUUAGUGUGUGCUUUGUUAAUUAAUUAAUUAAUAUAUUCAUUCUAAUAUUUAUUGCUGUGUAUGUCCACAUUAUCGUUUUAUUGUUCUGUGUCUUUAUAUCAGUUAUAUUGUUAUUAACCGCUUAUUUCAAUCUCUGAUGCAAGUAAAACGUGAGCUAUUUUAAUCUGCAUUUAUUUUUAAAGUCAAAAUCAUGUUUUGUUCCAAGAGUAAGCUACGUGACUCGAUUCCAAGCCUGACGUGGGUACGCAGCUUUCCUUCGAAUUGAAGGUCGUGACGUUAAAUUGAAUUUAUCGUCGCGCUGCUGUAGUACACUGUAGUGCGUGGUGUUGAAUAUACUGAAAUGCCUCUAUAUGCGUGGAUAAAUCUAACUGUGAAAGUCUGUGAAACUGUUCUACCAUGUUUAUAUCGGUAAUAAAUCAUAAAAAUAAUUACGAAUCUCAAAAGAACUCGACCAAUAUGAUCUGAGCGCAAAUAAAGGAGGAAAUGUGACCAGAUUAUUAACAGUUUAUUAACCUUUAUUUAAGACUUUUAUGAGCUUGUUGCUCAAACAUGAUAUGAGGAAUAAAUGGCAAUAUUCCACUUUUUUAAAAAAUCUAAAAAAAAUAAAUAAAUUUAAAGUAAAGAAAAAAAAACUGCUCAUUUUGACCUGAAUAGAAGAGCGUAAAACAGAAGCAUUAAAGUUGGUGUGCAACAUGGCAAAACCUUUUAUUGCAUUUUUUUAUUAUUUAAUUUUAAUUUCUUUUUCAUUUGUACUGUUGAAAUCGAACAUAGUUUUGUGUAGGUUUAAAUACAGUACAAAUUGCUAAAUGGAAUAUUUUUUUUUACUUCAUACUUUUUUCUUUUCUUCAUCUUUUAAAUUGCGUUUGUGUUGGUGUUUCAAGUUGAAACCUACACUCACUGGGCACUUUAAUAGGAACACCUGUACACCUGUUCAUUUAUGCAGUUAUCCAAUCAGCCAAUCAUGUGGCAGCAGCACAGCGCGGAAACGGACGGUUGUUUCUGUUCACAGGUCACACAGGUUGGAUUUGAGCAACCGAGACAGAAAAUAUUUUCUAAAAUGACCAACCUUGAAUAGAUUGAUGUUUUGGGGGAAUAUUAAAGAGACAAACAGCACUUCUCAUGCCUACAGGUGUGUUUAGGUGCAAAUAAGACAUGCAGGUAAUAAGACGUAAAGCAGUGUCACCUAUUUGGUUUUCAUUUUUGUGCACAGCAAAGUUGGUGUUUGUUGAUGGUUCACCACUGUGUGUAAUCUGUUUUAUUUUCAUUUUUAAAUAUAAAUAUGACUUAGUUUCAUGUUCAGAGGAGAAAAUGAGCCAAGUGCACAAAGUUUCUUUAAAAAAAAAAAAGAAAAAAAAGCGUAUUUCUACCUUAAGUAAAUUAGAAACAGAACACAAAGGUUAAUACAUAAAAUACUUUAAAAUAAUACUUUCAAUCGGUGAUAUUUUGAGCUUUCAGGUCACUGUAUAUGUUUUAGUUAACACAGUCUCCCCCCCCCCCCCCCCCCCCCCCAUUUAAUCUUUCUUUUUUGGUUUUUAAUACUAUAAGCAACUUUACUGUUCCUGUUAUCAAGAAUGUGAUUUGCUGUACGAUAUUUGUUUGUGUGAUUAAAUCUGUAAAUUUGUGUUCUUGUCCCAGAUUAUCAGGAUCUACAGGUUUUUUUUCCAAUGAAACUUUAGCUAUGCGUGUGUGAAAUUCUACUAAACACUCAUCAAAACAUUCAACUAUGUACAGUUUACCUCAGUAAAAACUGGCAGGGAAUUAAAAUU